AUGCAAUGUCGCAGAUACGCCGUUGUAUGCCCGGGAUACAAGCGUCCUUGGCAAUUCCAGGACGAGGGACCCCGUCUCCAGAAGCAGUAUCAAAAGAAGUCGGCUGUUAUCGGUGGUUGUGGUGUUAAGACAGAUCGCCAGGCUGUGCACAGCCAUGGCUCUAUGCGAAAACAUAUUGAUACAAAAAAUUCGAUUGAUGAACGUGUUUAUCCGGCUUUGGUCCAUCGCUCGUUCAUCAAUCAGCAGCCGUGGAUACUUAAAGAAUUUAUCUGCGCUGCCUUCCCAACCAUGUUCUUCCAUAACGAAUUCCGAUUCGGCAACGGCUUUACAUUUCCCGACUGGGUUGCAAAACAUUUCGGUUCCAAGCAUUAUUACGAUGCAACAGUCUCUUGUCUUUCAACAGAAUACCUCGCCCAUCUCACCAAGGAUCCGGGACUCCACCAAUCCGGCCGACAGAAGUAUUCGCAGGCCUUGGGGGCGGUCAGGCAUGCGCUGAGCUCGGAUGAUACAUUGUCAGAUGCCUUGCUUAUUGCAGUUAUUCUUCUUUCAUUCUAUGAGAUGAAUACAAGGACUAUGCAAGACGGUUGGGUCUAUCAUUCGAGGGCGGUAAAGCAACUGAUGCUGAACCGUGGUAUGAGUUUCCAUUUGUUUGGAGCUGGACGCGUCUGCCACUUUGCAUACAGACCAUUCCUUAUUGCUGCCGCGCUCUACGAAGGCGAGCCAUGCUUCCUGGGUGAAGAUAGUUGGCAAAACCUGGCAGCUAUCCUCCGAGUGGAAGACUCUCAGAAGCAGAGUGAGUGGUCGUUCUACAUUGAUGUCUAUGAAAAGAUUUUCAUGGAACUGGUCAAAUGUCCCGGAUACAUCAAAGAGGCGCGAGAAAUCGUUUCCGUACCUUCUAACAAGGCUACGACUUUAGCACAGAGUAUUCAUAUGACCUGUGACCGACUCCGGAAAUUGAGUGAUGAGUUGCGAUCACUGCUUGCGUCCAACAACCAACGCAAGGAAGGCAUCUUUGGUAUUUUUGUUGGGCCAGAGCCUAACGCUUUUCCCGAAACGAGUCCGUCACUUCUUCUCGGUGCCGCUGUUAAUACACUCAGCAUCCUUGAACAACUCCACAACCGGUUAACUACGCCUGUUUAUGUUAGGGUAGAUAUUUGUGGAGCGCCACUGUCCUUAUCAAAUCCGCGAAGUGAAUCCACAACUAAUGGUAGCAGACCUUUUCUUGAUUUUUGUUUCACCUGCGAGCUUGGAGGGGGCACCAAAGAGGAUGAUCCGCGCGCAUUUACCUGGCUUGACCGGAUUGCCGGAUCAAUAGGCCUCCUGGGAGCAGAACUUACCUAUGAGGAUGCAGUUGAGGUGGGAAAGGCUUGUUAUGUUGUAUAG